AUGUUUGUCUUCCUAGGGAGGAAUCAAGGGGUUUUUAGAAAGGCUCGAAGAAUCUUCUUCCCCAAAUGUUGCUCAGUAAUUGGACUUCGCUAUUACGAUUGUCCAUCUAUUUCUCAUCCUUCAGUGGAGGUAUUGGCUUCUGCAACGAGUUAUCAGGAUCGCCAUCUAUGCACCCAAGCAAGUAUAGUUUCUUUUGGAUUAGAGGAAAAGGAGGCUGCCCGUCGAAUUCGUCAUGUUAUAUCUCGAAUGUGUAAUGGGACUGUUGAGGAUGUUGUCAAGCGUCUUCAACAUUAUCAGGAUUGUUCUCAGAUCCAGAUCUCAGUCUCCCUCGUGGAAAGUUUGUUGGGUGGGUUUGGAGACGACUGGAAGUCUGCUAUGGGGUUUUUUAGGUGGGCUGCUUUGUGCUCCGGAUGUAAACAUACAUUGAGAUCGUAUAAUAAAAUGGUAGACUUGUUGGGAAAGAUGAAGCAAUUCAGUAGAAUGUUAGAGUUGGUCAGUGAGAUGCGUGAGGAGGGUAUCAUUACACUUGAGACAUUCGCAAAGGUGAUGAGGCGAUUCACAGGUGCUGGGAAGUAUGAACAAGCCAUUGAGGUCUUUAAUGAUUUGGAUUCUUUUGGACUCACUAAGAACACAGAGGCAAUGAACAUCUUGCUUGACACCCUUUCCAAAGAGAAACAUGUUGAGACUGCUCGAGAGGUCUUUCUAGAACUCAAAUCCAAGAUUCCACCUGAUGCUUACACAUUCAACAUUUUUGUCCACGGGUGGUGCAAGGCUAAUCGUAUUGAUGAGGCUGAAUGGACGAUUCUAGAGAUGAAAGGCUAUGGUUUCCGCCCUUCGGUGAUCACAUACUCAACCAUCCUCGAAGCUCAGUGCAGGAACCGCAGUGUUCAUAAGGUUUAUGAGCUUCUGGACAAGAUGCAUGCCGAGGGAUGCAUUCCUAAUGUUGUCACAUACACUAUUAUCAUGCAUUCACUGGCAAAGUCCCAUGGAUAUGAAGCUGCAUUGCAAAUAGUCGACAGGAUGAAUGCUUCUGGAUGUAAGCCUGACACACUCUUCUACAAUUCCUUGAUCUAUGUGCUAGGGAGGGCUGGUCGGUUGUCUGAAGCCUCCCGUGUAUUUGAGAUGGAUAUGCACCGGAAUGGGGUAACACCUGAUCUGUCAACUUACAACACCAUGAUCUCAGCCUUCUGUCACCACUCAUGCGAAAAAGAAGCGUUAGAAGUGUUGGAGAAGAUGGAAAAUGCUUCUUGCGUGCCUGACCUCCUGACAUACACUCCACUACUUAAACUUUGUUUGAAGAAAGGGAAGACUGUUGAUCUUCUCUCCUUUCUGAUGAACGACAUUGUCAACAAGUACCAUUUAAGUCUGGACUUAGCAACAUACUCUCUCUUGAUCCAUGGGCUAUGUAGAGCUGGGAAAACUGAUUGGGCAUUCCUUCUCUUUGAGGAAAUGAUAAAUCAAGAGAUAGUCCCUAGGAAUCGGACAUGGAAGUUGCUCUUGAAGGAAGCUGAACAAAAGAGUAUGCAUGGCACUGUAGAAAGGAUCAAAGAGCUGGUGAAGCAAAGUAGACACUUUGGUUGUUCUGAAUAG